AUGAAUUCGGGCACCACAUAUGGCCAAUAUGGUCCAACGUAUUUUCCUCCUUUAGCUUACCAAGCUAUUGUCAAUAGUACCUUGUUGCAGCCCAAUAUUCCAACAAAUACUCAGACCAACAAUCAAACUAAUACCAUUACGCCAGCAAACACGAAUAACUCAUAUAGAGGUCCAAAAGCUAAAUUAUCUUUUUCGGAUUUCGAUUGCAACAACCCUCGAGGUUGGAUAAGGAGAUGUGAAAAGUUUUUUGAACUAUAUCAAAUUUCUCCUAAUGAAAAGAUGAGUUACGUAGCUGUGCACAUCAACAAAAAAAUGGAUGCAUGGUUUGAUGUAUACGUAAUGGAACAUGGUGGAGUGGUGACAUGGGAAGGUUUUUGUUUGGAUGUUUGUCAUAGAUAUGGUAAUAUUCGACCAAUGGAUAUUGUCAUUGAUUUCAAUAGGCUUCAACAAUGGGCUGAUGUCGAGAGUUAUUUUAACAAGUUUGAGGAGUUACGUUUUUACUUAAUGUUAAUUAACCCGACAUUAAAUAGAGCGUAUUUCGUUUAUUGUUUUGUUGGGGGGUUAAAAUCUGAUUUAGCAUCAAUGAUUAGGGCAUCUAACCCACAAAAUAUGAUAGAUGCUCUGGAAGUAGCGAAGUUGCAUGAGCAAACUCUUGUGGCUAUCUACAAGAACAUUCAGCCCACUAAAGUAUCAUAUUCGCAACCUAAGAUUACUUUUCCUUCAAGUCCUAAAGGAACUACCUCUCAAAUUCCCAAGGCUUUACCACCCAUUGUCACACGACCCCAAUUGGCAUUGCCUAAAAAUCCAAUAAUGGAGACUUUAAGGGAUAAAAGGGGAACUAGGGAACUAACGGUUGUAGAUGGUGAGGGUUCUGGAACAAAAGAGGAUCAAGAGGUGGAGAGUACAGAGGAACCCAAAACACUUCCCCCAAAUCGUUCAUGUGAUCACGCCAUUGAAUUAAUUACAGGGGCAGGACCAGUCAAUCAAAGGCCUUACCACUAUUCUCAUGAACAAAAAGAUGCAAAUAUAGUUAAUGAGAUAUUGGAGGCAAGAACUGUGAGGCCUAGCACCUCUCCUUAUGGCUCUUCGCUGAUUUUGGUCAAAAAUAAAGAUUCUACAUGGAGAUUAUGUGUUGACUACCGUAAGCUCAACGACAUAACAAUUAAAAACAAGUGUCCAAUUCCGGUGGUGGAAGAUUUACUUAAUGAGCUAAAUGGAGCACAUUUUUACUCCAAGUUGGAUUUGAGAUCGGGCUUUGCUCAAAACAAAGUGGAGUAUUUGGGUCAUGUCAUUACGGGGGAUGGCGUGAAUACUGAUUUCGCAAAAAUAGAGGCAAUGGUGAAAUGGUCAAUACCAGUUUUCAUUAAAGGAUUGUGUGGGUUUCUUGGAUUAACGGGUUGCUACAGGCGUCUUUUGCAAACUUAUGCAAUGAUUAGCAAGCCGUUGACAGUGCUGUUAAAGAAAGGGGUUUCCAGUGGUUGA